AUGUGGAUCAUUAAUUGGUUCUACGACAUCCUCGCCUCACUGGGGCUCCUCAACAAACAUGCCAAACUGCUGUUCCUCGGCCUGGACAAUGCAGGCAAAACGACGUUAUUACACAUGCUGAAGAAUGACCGAGUUGCUAUUCUCCAACCUACGUUACAUCCGACCUCCGAAGAACUCGCCAUUGGCAACAACAGAUUUACAACCUUCGAUCUCGGGGGCCAUCAACAAGCCCGUCGCCUCUGGCGCAACUAUUUCCCUGAAGUCUCCGGCAUCGUCUUCCUCGUUGAUGCCAAAGACCAUGAACGUCUCCCCGAGGCAAAGGCCGAAUUGGACGCUCUCCUCGCAAUGGAAGAUUUGGGCAAAAUCCCCUUCCUGGUUCUAGGAAACAAGAUCGAUCACCCCGAUGCCGUAUCGGAGGACGAAUUGAGACACCAACUGGGACUGUAUCAGACAACAGGGAAGGGAAAGGUGCCGCUGGAAGGGAUCAGGCCUAUCGAAGUCUUCAUGUGCAGUGUCGUGAUGCGACAAGGUUAUGGCGAGGGCAUCAGGUGGCUGGCGCAAUACGUCUAG